AUGGCCUCCCUGUUUCCGCGCGCACUUCUGCGCCGGCCGCUGACGGCAGCAGCGCAUGCUCUGCCACAUGCUGCCACAGCCAGUCGCGCCUCAACGUGCCGCGCGCCAACCACCGCCUCUGCCUCGAUUUCCUUGGCUCGCCCUGCUCUGUGUUCGCUGGUUGCGCGUCGCUUCUACUCGGACGGUUCUGACAGCAGCAAGAACAGCGGCAUUCCCCCGCCUCCGCCGCCGCCGCCACCGCCGCCACCGCCGCCACCGAAGCCUAGCAACAUCAAGUUCUGGCCUUUCCUCGUCGUCAUCGCCCUCGGCUCCGGUGGUUACAUGCUCCUCGUGGAACAGCGCAACAACAGUGCGUAUCUUUCCUCCCCCUACCCCUUCCUAUCCGCCUUUCCGCUCUCUGCAAGCCCCAUGGAAGCGUGUUGA